AUGUCCGCAGAUUCGCAAGACUAUCAGAUGUUGAGUCCUGGUCACUUCCUUAUCGGACGAUUACUGACGGUGCCGGCGAGCUCAAAUCUCACUGAUAUUCCUGUGGAGAGGCUAGAUCGUUACAAGAAGGUCGAAAAGGUUCGACAGCACUUCUGGCUCCGAUGGAGUACGGAGUAUUCGGCCAUUGUAGACUACCACCGCUGUAACACCUUCCUU